CAUGCACACCAUUAAGGGCACAAUGGUAAAUACAUUACCCAAUCCCUAACCUUUCUAGCGCAGUCCGUUCCCAACAUUGGAAUUGCGGCGGCUCCCCUUCCCUCGCCUCGCCGACGCUUCGCCUUCGUGUGUCGACGGAGAAUUAGCAGCUUGUGAUCUCUCUUUAAAACUAUGGCAUUGCGAGGAGUUUGGCAGCUACAGAAGCUGAUAGUGAGCUAUUGUGAUUGGGGAGGAAGUAGCAGGGGGAUCAGGGGCUUUAUGGAAACUCAUUUGCCAGCUUUCAAGGAAAAGAACCCUCAGCUAGAGGUAGUAAUGGAGCUUGUUCGUGGUCAGCAUCCUCAUCUGAAGGGCUUUUACAAGAAUCAUAACCAGCGGGUGGUUUGUGUUAAAAAUUUAAUGCCAGAGGACGUACUACUGCAUGCUACUAGACUAAGGAAUGCAUUAGGAAGGAAGGUUGUGAAACUGAGAACAAGGCAUGUCACGAAGCAUCCCAGUGUUCAGGGCACAUGGACAACUGCACUCAAAUUUUGAAUGGAACAGCUUGGGGUGAUCGAGCUAUAUGGGAUAGUAUGUGGUGCUGUUGCUGACUGAGAGAGUUAUCGGUCACUCUUGGGUCUUAAUAUGCUCAGCUGAUGGAAUCUUCAUCUCUAGAUAAAUACUUGUUUCAGCUCAAUAAACAUUUGAUCUCUGUACUCAAAACAUUUGAAGGAUUUUUUAUGGAUGUAGUUUAACUUAUCUAAAUGAAGAUGCUUGGAUCCA